AUAAUUAUGUGGUUAGCUUUCUGAACACGGAUGUACCUUUAACAGAGUCUUAUAAACUUACUUAAUAUUAGUUAAAAGGGUUGGCUAGAACGAGACUAGAACAGAUAACCCGAUGAAGUGGUUGUUAUAAAGCUUUCAGACGGAAGAUAAGAACAAACCAUAGGCAAAGUCACACCACGUAGUCACGUAGUAGUCAUGCUUAAUCCACUGUUAAUGUUAGUUUGCUCAAGUACAGUAUAUGCAGCCAUAUGGAGACCAAGUGCUACCACUACAUUUCAAUGGCAGCUCAAUAGUGGCCACAUAAACACACAUGUCGAUGCACAUGUUUAUGAUGUGGAUUUGUUUGAUGUGUCUACAAGUACAAUACAUUCACUUCAAAGAUCUGGGAAGAAAGUAAUCUGCUAUUUUUCUGCCGGAUCAUAUGAAAAUUGGCGCUCUGAUCACAGUGCUUUCCCAAGUGAUGUGAUAGGCCAUAAACUUGAUGGUUGGAAUGAGAAAUGGCUUGACAUAAGAGAUGGCAGAGUUAAGAGUAUUAUGUCUGCUAGAUUAAAGAAGGCUCAAGAUAAAGGAUGUGACGGAGUAGAACCUGACAAUGUCGAUGGAUAUACCAAUGACAAUGGCUUUCACCUAACUGCACAUGAUCAGCUGACUUAUAACAAAUGGCUAGCAACAGAAGCACACAAUCAUGGGCUCUCAGUGGGCUUGAAGAAUGAUGUGGACCAGAUACAGGAGUUAGAAUCACAUUUCGAUUGGGCUUUGAACGAAGAGUGUGUUCAUUACAAUGAAUGCAAAAAAUACCAACCAUUUAUAGACGCACACAAGGCUGUAUUUCACGUUGAAUAUGUAGACAGUCAUAGUUCUGGUUCCAGCAAGAAGGGUUCUGUCUGCCACUCAAGUCGUCGUCCACGACAAUUUAUCACACUUAUAAAAGACUGGGAUCUUACAGAUUGGAGAAUGACAUGCUGAUUUAAUGUUUCACAGUUCACUUGUCAUAAAGGUUGUCUCUAUUCAAUAUCUAUAUUUGUCCCUAUCUAACAAAAAGGGUUAUAAAGGUGAGGGAACUGUUGAUUUCUUGGGACACACAUUUAUCGACUAGAUGUAGGCGCAUCAUUCAUUCCAAGUUACUACACACACAUUUAUCGACUAGAUGUAUGUGCAUCAUUCAUUCCAAGCUACUACACACACAUUUAUCGACUAGAUGUAGGUGCAUCAUUCAUUCCAAGCUACUACACACACAUUUAUCGACUAGAUGUAGGUGCGUCAUUCAUUCCAAGUUACUACACACACAUUUAUCGACUAGAUGUAGGUGCAUCAUUCAUUCCAAGCUACUACACACACAUUUAUCGACUAGAUGUAGGUGCAUCAUUCAUUCCAAGUUACUACACACACAUUUAUCGACUAGAUGUAGGUGCAUCAUUCAUUCCAAGUUACUUAUUAACCAAUUAAUCUAUGUCAUUCAAACUUUGGUGAAAUAUUCACAAGAUGUCUGCAUCCGGUCUCAAGUGUGUUUCCGGGAGUAAUCUAUAUGGAUUCUGCUUUUAUAGGAGGUAUGCUUCUUCUAUUGAAAACCCCACUGACUACUUGUGCGUAUGGUUUUUGCAAAUGUGCAAUUUAAUUUGAAAUUUCACAACAGUCAAAAUCAGGAUUAUAUGUUUAUGUUUUCAUUUGAUCAAUGGUGUGCAUUCGGAAUUGGGACGUUAAAGUCGAAGUCCUGUCAUGUAAAGGGUUACAAUCACUGUUUCACCCUCUGUCGUUAAAAGACCCUUGCAAUAAUUUGAGGAAGGGGGCCAGUAUGUGAGCGCAAGACAUUUUGACUAAAUCGUUUCGUGGCCAUAGUAUCACCUGGGCUAAAAAUUUUGGAGUCAAGUUUACGUUUGGGCUAAUUAUUUUUGUUUAUCUGUACAGGUACAUUACAGGUAAAAUUUAUCAAAUAUGAAAUAUGUCAGAUAUGUAUUAAAAUAUUAUUUUGAAAAUACUACCUACAUAAAAAUUCGGUCAUUAGGAAAUCAUGCUUGUUUGAAAAAAAAGAACUUGAAGUUUUGCACCACUUAAUGGAAGGAGUUUACAGUCAAGAUCAGGCAGUAUCACAAGAUUAUAUUUUUUAAAGACUAUUAGCUAUAAAUUCAGGACCUGGACCUAUAAUAGUAUGCUGACAAUAUAUUAUGUCCCAGCCUUAACCAAUCUUUGAAAAAAUCUAUUGAAUAUACUUUUUAUAUCUUAUCCUAUAGCUGUUUUAUACCUUCACGUUGUCCCUAGUUUUGAACAAUAUUUAGUGCUAUAGACUUAUGUUACUAAAAAUCCUACGUUUACCUCCCAGUGGUGAGCAAGCACCGUCUGGCAAUCGGAAGUGUUACUAGUAUAUAAAACAAGAACAUGUUAUGAAUACCAUGCCAUUUCUUACAUAUAGAAUGUUAAUGUAUAAAUACAAUGCCAAUUAUUACAUAUAGAAUGUUAAUGUAUAAAUAAAAUGAAGAUACACGUACAUGGAA